AUGAACAAGCUAACGGCCAAAGUGUCUCCUUCCCCCGCUACUGUCGCUCCUGUUGCCCUCUCGCCUCCUGCCCCUCCAGAUGACGCAGCAGGGGAGGAAGCGACCAUGUCCGAAAUGGCGGGGUCUGAGGGGGACAGUGCGACAGGGUGCUGUGAUCGCUGCCCAUUGGUUGGCAUCAGGCGGGUGGCAUGGGGGGUGGUGCUGGGGGGUGCCGUUGCACUGGCCUGGACUGCCAGCACUCACAGUGCCAAGCUGGUCCUCCUCAAACUCCACGCCCCCUUCUUCAUCACCUGGUUCUGCAGCACCUGGAACCUUCUUGUCUUCCCCUUGUACUACCUGGGACAUCUAAUCGGAUCGGACCAGAGGCAGAGGCCAGUGACUCGCUUCAGGGAGUGCGGCGAGGCCCUAGGAGGAGGGGCGGUGCCCUUGCGGGCGCUCCUGCGAAGCUCCGCCCCCUUCUCCGUGCUGUGGAGCCUCUCCGGCUACCUGUACCUGCUGGCGCUGAGCCGUAUCUCAGCCAGCGACGCCAGCACCGUCCUGUGCUGCAGCCAGGCCUUCACCUUCCUGCUGUCCUGGAUCGGCCUGCGUGACCGCUUCAUGGGCGUCAGGAUAGUGGGAGCCAUCCUCUCCAUCACUGGAAUUGUCAUGAUGGCCUAUGCUGAUGGUUUCCAUAGUGACUCCAUCACUGGGGUGGCACUUGGGGUGGGCUCUGCUUCCACCUCCGCCCUGUACAAGGUGCUGCUGAAGCGGAGGGUGGGGGAAGUUGGUGCGGGCGUAGCCAGUGUGCUGCUGUCCUGCGUGGGCCUGUGCAGCUGCGCUCUGCACUCCUGGAUGUGUGUGCUGCUCUACCUCACCCACGUGGAGUACUGGCCCUUCUCCCAGCGCAUGCCCUGGGACAUGCUGUGUGGCCUGGCUGCGCUGCUACUUGCUUUCAAUGUAUUGGUGAAUUUGGGGGGAGUUCUCACGUACCCCACAUUCAUCUCCUUGGGGGUCCUGCUGAGUGUCCCAGCAAGCACCGCUGCAGAUUUGUACCUGACUGGAGCUUCCCAGCUCAGCCAGGUGAGGCUGGCUGCUGCGGGAAUCAUUGGGACUGGCUACCUUCUCCUGCUGCUUCCAGAGCAUUGGGAUGAUAGUGCCCUCAGGUGGCUGGGAGGACUAUGGCAUGGCGGGUGGCAGAAGGACAGCAUGGCUGGAGAGGAGAUCGGCAUCGAGGGUUCAACUGGUGCCCGACCAAAGCCCAAACCAGCACUGGCCUGACAUGACAGAAAGUAGUAGAAAUGAAGAGGGUGAAUGAGAAAUGUGCUCUCUCAGGCUCAGCAUGUUCCCAUAAUUUCACACACGCAUGAGUGUGUGUAACUGUUAACCCUUGUAUUGUUCAUUUGUGCCAGCGAGUCCAGCACUGGUUAUAGCAGUCCCCAGGGAUGAAAAGUGUGAAUCAAAUGAGUAUCCCAUACCACGUUGUGCAACAGCGACUCCUCUGGUCAGCGUGGUGCCUGCAGUCUGCCUGCGCUAGCUGUGCAUAAUGGCGGCCAUGUCUGCGCAGCCCAGCUGGCUGCCCAGACCGCAAGCACUAGUCCGGAGUUGCUAAAAUUGACCGAAGAUGUUGGACGGGAUCGCAAAUAUGAGAGAAAAUUCCAAACUGCAGAGAAAUUUUUUUUUGAGAAACCCUUGCGGGAAAAAAAGAGGCACAUGCUUUCCAUACACACCUGAGUAAACGACAGCUGUCACUGAAAUGCGCAUUAUUGAAAACACAGUAGGCCUACAUAAAAUGCUUUUUAAUCCAUCCAGUACAUGAAAAUAUUAAAUUACCAAUAUUAUAGCACAAGAUAGGUUUCUGAGUAUGUACUGUAUGGUUUGCGUGGUCCUGCUGAACCACACAUGGAAGGCAAACACCGGUUGACCCACUACUUUUAUGUCUGUGAUCUGUGAAAGGUGUUAUUUAUGAAUAAACUGUUUUCGAAUGGUCAUGUUAAAACCUUUGUGAAAGUUCCUUUAAUAGUCCUCAUUAAAGAGUUAAAUCAUGUAUCAGGAACUGGAAAAUACAGGAUACAUGGGAUCCAAAAAGACAGAUUUUUAUGGUAUGAAAUGCACCUUGUGGGUUUAUUCAUUAUUUUUAAAAAGACUUUGAAGCAGGUGUUCGGGCUUGACCCUGUGAAUGUGAGUGAAAACUCACCAACCCCAUAUUGUUAUGACAGAGAUGUGACCAAGAACAAUACUAUGGCAAUUGAUGUAUGUUUUUUGUUCUGUCAUAUUCCACUGGAAAAUCCUGUUGAUAAGAAACAGAGAGGACAUAAAGAGGAAAGCAGGAUCUGAGUAUGUUGUGAGUCUAUAGAAUACAUGGGAGAGCUACCAGUACCUGUUGGCAAUAACUCAUUGAUUAAGAAUUUGGUCUCCAUGAAAAAAUUAUUUGAAAAAAUGAAAAAAGCAUUUGCGUUCAGUGUCAGGAGUCAGGCAGAAGAGCCCCAGCCAUUGUUUCACAUGGCUAGAACUCCCCAGUUUCGCCAUCCCUAAGCUUACUCCCUCUUCCGCUAGAGUUUGAUAAAAUGAAUUUACUUGGUCCGUGUAUUUUCCCUCCGGGGCAGUAGGGGGUAGUAAAACGAGUAAUACCCGGAGCGUAAACAUCCAGAAAAAAACCCAGAACGUGGUUUAUGCUUUCGGUCACGGACUUGGAAAUGCUGCCGGGUGCUGGAAACAUGUCUCUCAAGGCAGAGGACGAUGACUUUGAGUGGGAGCCCCCGUCGGAGGCAGAGAUGAAGGUGAUCCAAGCUCGGCGGGAACGACAGGACAAAA